AUGGAGUCGGGGAGCACGUUCUAUGCGGGUGAAGGUCUUCACAUUGAUCCCAGCUGGCUCAUCGACCCAAAGCUUCUCUUUGUUGGGCCACGGAUCGGUGAGGGUGGACAUGCAAAGGUCUACGAGGGGAAGUACAAGAACCAAAAUGUUGCUAUCAAGAUUGUGCACAAAGGGGACACCCCUGAAGAGGUCAUCAAGAGGCAGGGUAGGUUCUUGAGAGAGGUGACCAUGCUAUCAAGGGUGCAGCACAAGAACCUUGUCAAGUUUAUUGGAGCUUGCCUAGAGCCUGUCAUGGUGGUGGUGACUGAGCUAUUAGUGGGGGGCUCUUUGCGGAAGUAUUUGGUCAGCUUACGGCCUAGGAACCUGGAGCCUCGUGUUGCAGUUGGAUUUGCAUUGGACAUCGCCCGAGCCAUGGAAUGUUUGCAUGCACAUGGGAUCAUUCAUCGUGAUCUUAAACCUGAGAAUCUGCUGCUUACAGCGGACCAGAGAACAGUUAAGCUCGUCGACCUUGGUUUAGCAAGAGAAGAGACGUUAACAGAGAUGAUGACCGCAGAAACAGGAACAUACCGUUGGAUGGCUCCCGAGUUGUACAGCACAGUCACAUUAAGGCACGGAGAAAAGAAACAUUACAACCACAAAGUGGAUGUUUACAGCUUUGCAAUUGUGUUAUGGGAACUACUGCACAAUAGACUACCCUUUGAGGGCAUGUCUAACCUGCAAGCUGCAUAUGCUGCCGCUUUCAAGAACAUCAGACCAAGUGCAGAUAAUUUGCCGGAGGAGCUGUCAGAGAUCCUAACAUCCUGCUGGAAAGAAGACCCAAGCGACAGACCAAACUUCACCCAGAUAGUUCAAAUGCUUCUCCAUUACCUCUCAACCCUUUCACCGCCAGAACAUAUGGCCCCUGCUCGCACAUUCAGUUCGGAGAAUGCAAUCUUACCUCCUGAAUCGCCUGGGACGAGCUCUCUAAUGGCUUCUCGAGGCUCCCCCUCCACGACGGGCUGCCGAGCGUUCACUCCGGAGCUGCACCGCGUCGUCUGGCCCGGCAAGUUUAAGCCAGAUCUGCCUCCGCGCUACGACGGCACCUCUGACCCCACUGAGUUCCUCCAGAUCUACGAGCUGAGCAUCGAGGCGGCGAACGGCGACGAGAAGGUCAUGGCGAACUGGUUUCCCAUGGCUCUCAAGGAUGGCGCGCUCUCGUGGCUCCUAAAUCUCCAAGUGGGAUCAAUUCCUGGGAUGAGCUGCAUGAGCGCUUCAUUGCCAAAUUCCAGGGCCCUCGCAGCCAUGCCCCCGCUGCAGGCGACCUGUAACGCCCUCGAUGUGGCUAUAUCUCCCACGUGUCGAAGCACGACUUAG